UGCGAAGUUUCGUCAAGAAAAUAAUUAAAUAUUUUAAAGGUUUUUAUUUGUACAGUUUGUGCAUAUAUCUCAGUUGAUCCGAUUUAUAGAAUCCUUCUUCUUAUGUAAAAACUUCUUAUCGGUGGGGAUCAUGCAGGACUCCCAGUACUGCGACUACUGCGGCGUCGUGGACGAGGUGUACGAGGAGCACUCGGAGCUCGACCACGAGGACACGCCCAAGCACAUCUGCAACCGGAUACUGCACCAGUACAAGCACAAGAAGAAGGAGUUCAGCCGGAACAGGGAUGGCGUGAUCAUACUCGGGGCGGCGAACAGCCUCCCGCUUGCUGGCUCCGACGCCAGGGUCAUCAAGGAACCCCCCACUGACCACCACAAAGUCCGGAUAUUCGCGAAACCCAACCAAGAGGUGGAGUUUUUCUUCACGAUAACCAACGACAUGAAGAGUGAAGAUCUCCUGGUGGUUGGGAUUCAACUGGCGCACCCACAACCGCAUUUUGUCAUGUGCGACCAUGACUUUAUAUUUGGACAGGAUCCGCAUGUUUUGGAACCUAGUGAGACCAACGACAUGAAGAGCGAAGAUCUCCUGGUGGUUGGGAUUCAACUGGCGCACCCUCAACCGCAUUUUGUCAUGUGCGACCAUGACUUUAUAUUUGGACAGGAUCCGCAUCUUUUGGAGCCUAAGUCCACAAUCGAUACUAUAUCCAUAACUUUCGUGGGCGCGGACGUGGGCCAGUACGAGAUGCCCAUCAUGUUCACCUUCGUUAGAAAUAGCGAUGGCAAGAGCCUCAUCUUCGUCAGGGAAAUGGUCGUUCUGGUGGCGAGUGAACGGCCGCAGAAGUUUAAUGCCAAGAGUCCCUACUCUAACCUGGACUGGACCCAUGCAGAGCGCUUCGUCGUAUCCACAGAUCACGUGCCAUAUAACAACUUGUACAAAAUCCCUAAGCUGCUUAAAAUCUUGCUGCCCGCCGGUUUGGACGAAGACGCCCUGGAGAAGAUUGAGGGCCCUCUGGAGUUCAAACUGCAAUUGAGGAACGUAUUGCUGACUACUAGGACCAUUUUUGAUGAAGGAAUAAGCAAAGCCAACUACAUGCUUUACUUCCACCAUCUGCUCUGGUGGGAGGAGAUCAUUGCUAGAAUCAAUUUAAGGAAAUACAAUAUGACUGCUGUUACUCUAGAGAAGAAGGGUGAACUUUACCUGCUCGAAGUGCCCGGGCUGGCUGAGAACCGCCCUUCCCUAUUACGUGGUGAUAAAGUAUACAUAAAGCUACAUAAUAACAACGAUAUUAUAUUCGAGAGCGUUAUAAAAGAUAUGGAAGAAAGUACUAUUCACAUCGGGAACAUUGAUGAAAGCUUCAACGCGUACUACACCCCAGAGACUAUGUUCGACAUCCGUUUCAUGAUGUCUCGAGUGCCGCACGAGCGUGCGCAUGUCGCUGUAGCUAACGUUUUUGAGAGGAAGCAGGACAGCAGAUUGUUCCCCGAGCCGAGGAAAAAGGAUGUCAAGCUUAAACCGAUCUAUAAAUGGUACAACCCCCUGAUCAAGAACAACGAAGAGCAACGGCUGGCCGUGCAGCACAUACUGUCGGGGACUUCCCGCCGCGCGCCCUACAUGGUGUACGGGCCGCCCGGCACCGGCAAGACCAUGACCAUCGUCGAGGCCAUCAUACAGAUAGUCCUAUACAGCUCGAAGAACCGCGUGAUGGUGUGCACGGAUUCCAACAUGGCGGCCGACCACAUCGCGCUCAUGCUUCUCAAAUAUAACAAGGAGCUUAACAUUAACAAUUUCAUCCUGCGCGCUAACUCUCAGUCUAGGGUUUGGAGCGUGAUGCCAUCAGAACUAGCACCCGUGUCCAACGGCACUAAAUACGAGAAUUCGUACUCCGUCAGCAACUACGCCUUGUCCUCCUAUCGCGUCGUUGUCACCACUCUGCUGCACGCUGCUAAAUAUGGCACUCCCCGCGCGCAGGCUCAACACAAGCUGCAGAUGUCGCACCUGUUCAUCGACGAGGCGGCGCAGGCGUCGGAGCCCGCCACGCUGGUGCCGGUGACGGGGCUGCUGGCGCCGGCGGGCAUGCUGGUGCUGGCCGGCGACCCCAUGCAGCUCGGGCCCGUGUGUAUCAGCCGCGACGCCAAGGACCGCGGGCUGGGUAAAUCGCUGAUGGAACGCCUGAAGACCGACUACGCGAACCUGUACGAGUCGGACCCCAACUACAUCACCAUGCUGGUGAAGAACUUCCGGAACGACCCCGACAUCCUCGCCCUGCCCAACAACAUGUUCUACGACGACAACCUGGUGCCCUUGGCUCCAGUGGACCCGCUGAGCCGGCGCAGCGUCCUCGGGCUGCCGGGCGGCGAGCGCGCGGUGGUGUUCCACGCCGUCAACUCCCGGGAGCAGAGGAUGGGCAAAGCCCCCAGCUUCUUCAACGAAAAGGAGUUGGACAUGCUGAAGAGAUACACGAAGGCUCUGAUAGAACAGCACAACGUCAAGCCGGUGGACAUCGGCGUCAUCGCUCCCUACAUCAGACAGGUGUACAAGAUGAAAUCGUGGCUCAUGAGCUCGGGCUACGAUGAGAUCGAAGUCGGCACCGUCGAAGCGUUCCAAGGAAAGGAGAAACGAGUCAUACUCGUGUCCACCGUGCGCGCCAACUGCCGGCUCCUAGACUACGAUGCCAAAUACGGGCUCGGCUUCCUAGUGGACGACAAGAGAUUCAACGUGACCCUAACCCGAGCCAAAUCCAAGCUGGUGAUCAUCGGCAACCCGAGCUGCCUGACCCGCGACAAGAAAUGGCGCCGCUACAUGACCCAUUGCAAGGAGCUCAACUGCUACUUCGGCCACGAGUGCGAGCAGAUAGAGAGGACCUCUAAGAUCCUCAAUGAGGUAACAACUAACUCAACUUUAACCCGAGUAACCCGAGACAAGAAAUGGCGCCGCUACAGGACCCACUGCAAGGAGCUCAACUGCUACUUCGGCCACGAGUGCAAGCAGAUUGAGAGGACCUUUAAGAUCCUCAAUGAGGUAAUAUCUAACUCAAUUUUAACCCGAGUAACCCGAGACAAGAAAUGGCGCCGCUACAGGACCCACUGCAAGGACCUUAACUGCUACUUCGGCCACGAGUGCGAGCAGAUAGAGAGGACCUCUAAGAUCCUCAAUGAGGUAACAACUAACUCAACUUUAACCCGAGAAACCCGAGACAAGAAAUGGCGCCGCUACAUGACCCACUGCAAGGAGCUCAACUGCUACUUCGGCCACGAGUGCGAGCAGAUAGAGAGGACCUCUAAGAUCCUCAAUGAGGUCGCGAUAACAAGGUUCAACAGGUGUCGCAUAUCAGAGCAGCUGAAACCGAAGCCCAAAGAUGAGAAGGAAAAGAAGCAGUAAGAUUAAGGUUAAGGUAGACUCCGGGAUAGUUAAGUGAGGGGGGAGGGGGGACAUGGGUGGAAAAGAAAGUUAUUGUAUGCCUUAUUUCAGUGAGAUAAGGUUCAUUGUUGUGUACUGAUUGUUACAGACAGAGAUUAUUUAUAGUUCGUUUUUUUAGCAUUAGAAAAUAAGGUAAACAAUUUUAAUGUGUCUUUUAAUUGGAAAACACGUUUUAAAAAUUAGUCACGCCAAAUAUGUAACAAUUAUGAAUCUAAUACGAUCAUUUAUAUCCUUCUGCUUUCCUAACUAAGAGUUACAAAUUUUUAAAAUGUCAUGUCAAGAUCGCUUACCUUCUUUCUAAUGGUAAAAAAAACGAACUAUACAUUGUUACACAUAGACACAAAGUAAAAAAAAAACCAUUUUACUGUUUUGUUAUUCUUAUGAAUCCUUGUGCACCAUAAUUAAAAAAAUUAUUUGGUUUUACAAGAUUCUUAAAUUCCAUUGUUAAGUAUAUUUUGAUACGAAUAGACACGUUAAAAUUUACAUAAUUGUUGUUUGUUAUGCGAACUUUAGUGAGAUUAUUCCGGAGUCAUUAUUAUAAGUCCUAGUAUUAGAGAGUUUCAAAUAGAUUGUUAAGUUUAAUGUUUGUUUAAUUUUGGGGUUUGAAUGGCAAGGGCAGGAUGAUAUUGUCUGUUAAUCUAAAACUAAAACUUAUAAACACAAGUUAUAUACUUAAACCACUAUAUUGUAAGUCCAUUGAUUGCCAUUCAUAAAUAUGAUUUUUAUUUUAGGACGGCAUCUCUAGACGUUAAAAAUAGUGUUUAAACACUUUUAACCUAUCCACACUUUCAUUGCUAUGUUCCAUUUGUUUAAAACUGUGAUAUUGCCAAUGUUUAUAAGUGUUACUUAGUAUGCAAAAUGUAUCUGUAUGAUGGUUGCUCUUUUAUCUUAGUGUCACGAGUGAUUCUACAUAAAAUUAGCGACCACAAUGAUAGACUAUGAAAGCGAAACCAUUCUAUACCUCGUUUAACGAUCUUGAUGUGUCUUUUAGUUGAAAAACACAUUUUAAAAAUAAGUUACGGCAAAUAUGUAACAAUUAUGAAUCUAAUACGAUCAUUUAUAUUCUUCUGCUUUCAUAAGUAAUAGUUUUUAGUUUUUAAAAAGCGUUUUUCAAUUAAAAGACAUGCCAAGAUCGCUUACCUUCUUGCAAGUUCUUUCUAAUGCUAAAAAAACGAACUAUAGGCCCGCAAAUCACUUUAGUAAAUAAUUACAAGACUUUGUAGUUAACAAUAUUUAUAGUUUUGUUAAAAACUGUAAUUUAUUGAUUGAUACAAAGUCUCGUCAGUAUCUUUAUUAACUAAUUACAUUAAUUACUCAUUAAACAUCCUUGACAAAUAUAAUUAACUUUCCAAUACUUGACCUUUGACCCGUUAUACUUAGCAUAUCUGUCAAAACAUAAUUAUUUUUAUGUUUCACUUAUGUUAUUAAUCUAAAGCAGUUGUCGACAGUUUAUCCUGCCAUUACGCCAUUUGCCAAAGUCCUAUUGCCAUAGUAUCGUCAAGGUUAUAUCGUCCUGAGGCCAAGCCAUACAAAUGAAAAACCCAUAAUUUGCCAAAUUUGAACCUUUAGUGCAGGGAAUAGAGUUGAUAUUUGGUUUAGUUUGAAAAUUUAAAGAAACGAAACAAAUGCAACUCUGUUCCAAUUGAAUAUGAUUUAAAUUUCAUCUAACUGAAUAAGUACUUUAGGUAGGACCAUGGGCCUUAGGAGGAUAUUUCCGAUUGAGACGAUUGCAGAAGAGACUGCAUUUUUGUACGAAAAGAAAAGUAGUUUUAAGCAUACGUACAAUAAUUGUUUGUUAUAAUAUAAGUGUGUGCUAAAUGGAUGCGCAAAUGUUACCUUUAUUCGUUACUAUGUAUCAUUCAUUAGCUAUCAUAAAAGAACAACAACUAUACUUUGUUAUUUCUAUUCUUGUUUCAUACUCAAAUCUCUAUUACUUGAGUUUGUUAAUGAUAUUUUCUAAGUUACUUUUUGAGAUUUUAUAAACCUUUUCUUCGUAAUCCCUAUUAUCAUAAGACAUAUACACUGUUCUUUUUAUUUAUAUUUAUAUCAUAAUCAAUAUUCUAAACAAGUAUGUAAGUAUACUCACAUAGUUUAGUUACUAUUCGACAGUGAUAAAGCGUCUAUAGGCCCAGAGCGCCUACCGCGACCCACCUUCGACGCGUUGCCUCUCUGUCGCACUUAUAAAUUCGUACGUAAGUGUGACAGGGAGGCAACGGGUCGACCGUGGUUCGCGAUAGGCCCUGAGAUUUCCAUUAUUUUGAGAGUACAUACCUACUGGUUUCAAAGGAAGAGCAUGCUAAAUUAACGUUAUCUUUCCUAACAAAAAAGUUUCACGCGCUAAAAUAAAAUGAAAAUUAAUAUCUAAAUCAUUAAUCCAAAAUCUGUAUUGUCAAUUCUCUUUUGUUUUACUUAUCUAUUGUAUUUCUCUUGAGAACUUUUCUUAUAAUUUUGCACCUGACAGCUGUAGGAACUAGGCUAAAUAAUCUUUACAGAUAUAGUGCAUAUUGUGCAUAAUUAUUUUCCGUCGUAUAAGACGGAAACUUACGAACGUGUCUUGCUAUUUCAGUCAGUCUCGGUACAAAAAGUACUGAGGUUAAAUUGACGGAAGUAGCAUGACAAAUACGAACGUUUCCGUGAAAAUACGAUGGAAAACAAUUUGAACUCAUUGAAGGAAAAUGGAGAUUUUUUAAAAGUUUGAUGCACUACAACUAUUAUGAUGUCUGUGAUGACCUUAAAAUUAGUGUUAGGUCGUUUAGUGGUAAAAUGAAUAUUUUUUGAUGUUUUUAUUAAUCAUUCCUACCGGGCAUGAAGGCCAUUUCAUAUAAUAAAGAAAUGUUUGUAGAGUUAUUUGGCGAAGAAAGAUGGAACAA